AAGUCUAUUGAGGUUAUGUAUUAGGUAGAGCAGCGGUGGUUUAUUGCUGAUCAAUGAGGUGUGAAAUAUCACGGACUUUCAUGCCUGUUGCUUGAAUUACCAGCUUAGAAGAUCGACUUAACGAGUCCACGGAUCGUCAAGAUUUGGCUAUGGCACACUCAGGCUCGCUGGUACUGGCACAGGACCCUGUAAGGUGUGAUCUGUGUAGCGAUACCAAAGAAGCCGUGGAAGUUUACUGCAACACGUGUCGUGUCAAACUUUGUAGAUCAUGUAUGUUAAGUCAUGUGCCUCAGGGUCAGAGGUCACAUGAUAUGGUGGGAUUUGGAUAUCGUGGUUCCCAGCGACCCCACUGUGAGAUACACGCGGGAAACACGUGCGAGAUUCAGUGUCAGCAGUGUAUGAUUCCUGUUUGUAAUAAAUGCAUCGUUUCUGGGGAUCACAAGAAUCACGAUUUCAGAGACAUUUGUGAUGAACUUGAAGGUGUGAACGCCAUUUCCGCGAUUGAGGAAAGCAUCAGUGGUGAGAUUCCCGGACAGAUGUCCGCCUCUCUGAUAAAUCCUGUUGUUGUUUUAGAGUUAGAUACCAAAAACACGGACUUAGACCGUAUUGAGAUUUGUCAGCCAGAUAAAGUCUGGAUGUCUUUUCUGUACGAAAGCACAAUUUCGUGUUCAGACUUUUCCGGUGCUGUAAAGGAUAGUGUAAACGUCACUUCCGGCGAACAUUCAGCUGAUCUGUCAACUGUGGACGGAGGAGAGCUCUACUUUUGUGAUUGGAAAGAUAAAACUGUCUGCAAGUAUAACAUAAAUGACAAUAAGUUGGAGGCUUUGGUCAAAUUGCAGGAGUGGACACCGCGCGCAAUUUGUGUCACCAAGGCAGGUGACGUGUUGGUUUGCAUGACAACCAGUUACAAUGACCAAUGCAAAAUCAUCCAGUAUGACGCAAGAUCCAUUAAACAUGAAAUUCAGUUUGAUGAAGACGGAGAGUCCAUAUUUUCCCACAAAGGUGGAGAUAUUUUCCUAACCGAAAACGGAAACAAGGACAUUUGUGUUUCACUGACUGUGAAUAAAUGCAUGGUGGUAGUGAACAAAGCUGGAGAGUUCCGAUUUAGUUACGAAGGAAACCGCAAUGCCCGGGGAUGUAAAGAGUUUUCUCCGAACGGCGUGGCAGCAGAUAGAUUUUAUCAAAUUCUAAUCGCAGAUUCAGAGAAUGGCUGCAUUCAUGUUAUUGACGAAGAGGGUAGCUUUAUCAUGUACAUUGAUAACUGCAGUCUGGUAGAUCCAAGGGACAUCAGAGUGAAUAGUUUAAAUGGCAAUUUGUAUGUUGGCGAGUUCAGUACGGGCAAACUCAAGAUAAUCAAAUAUCUAAAGUAGAAGUCCGGCGAAUGAGAGGAUAGUUAUUCUUAGUUAAAUUUAAGUCCACGACCAAUUGUAUUGGAAAAAAUCAACCAUGUGUACUAGAAUACCAGCAGUUUUACCUCAAAAUAUGAAUAUACUUGUAAUAAAGGAAUAAAAUAUCUA